AUGGAUAAACUGACCAUCAUCUCAGGAUGUCUCUUUCUGGCCGCCGAUAUCUUCGCCAUCGCCAGCAUCGCCAACCCGGACUGGAUCAACACCGGGGAGUCCGCCGGAGCACUCACUGUGGGCCUUGUGCGACAGUGUCAAACAAUCCAUGGACGAGACCGGACAUGCAUCCCACCUCGGCUUCCCCCAGAGUGGGUCACCACACUGUUUUUUAUCAUCAUGGGAAUCAUUUCAUUGACUGUCACAUGUGGUUUGCUGGUGGCUUCCCACUGGCGAAGAGAAGCCACAAAAUAUGCUCGAUGGAUAGCAUUCACUGGAAUGAUCCUUUUCUGUAUGGCUGCCCUAAUAUUUCCAAUAGGAUUUUACAUCAAUGAAGUCGGAGGUCAACCAUAUAAAUUACCCAACAACACAGUAGUUGGGUCAUCAUAUGUACUUUUUGUCUUAUCAAUUUUCUUUACAAUAGUAGGACUUCUAUUUGCCGGCAAAGUUUGUUUACCAGGCUGA